CCGCGCUCUCGUGACUGGGUAUAAAUAUCAGGUGCAUGAACUCAAAGCAGUGUGUUUGAUGCUGCCAGCAUGAGCGGACGAGUAGGAGACCUCAGUCCCAAACAAACUGAGGCUUUAACACAGUUUCGGGAGAAAAUAGCAGAUGUAUCGGAUCAACUGCCCAAUCAGACUGACCAUUAUCUGCUCCGGUGGCUCAGAGCUAGAAGCUUCAAUGUCCCGAAAUCUGAGGCAAUGAUUAGAAAGCAUCUGGAGUUUCGCAAGCAUAUGAAAGUAGACACGAUCAUUGAUGACUGGAAGCCACCUGAGGUCAUUCAGCGCUAUGUGGCAGGGGGUUUGUGUGGCUAUGACCGUGAAGGAAGUCCUGUCUGGUACGAUAUCAUCGGUCCUCUUGAUCCAAAGGGCCUUUUACUGUCAGCUAGCAAACAAGACUGCCUGAGGACCAAAGUCAGAGACGCUGAACUGCUAAAACAAGAGUGUGAGAAGCAGUCUGAAAAGCUUGGCAAAUACAUUGAAUCAAUCACCAUCAUUUAUGACUGUGAGGGGCUUGGCAUGAAACAUCUUUGGAAGCCUGCCGUUGAGACGUAUGGGGAGAUUCUGACCAUGUUUGAAGAAAACUAUCCAGAGAGCUUAAAAAAGGUGCUUUUAAUCAAAGCCCCUAAGCUCUUCCCUAUUGCGUAUAACUUGGUCAAACACUUCUUGCGCGAGGAAACGAGGCAGAAGAUUGCUGUGCUAGGUUCCAACUGGAAGGAGGUCUUGAGGAACUAUGUGGAUGCUGAUCAGUUACCCGCGGUUUACGGGGGAUCCAUGACCGAUCCUGACGGAAACCCUCUCUGUAAGACUAUGCUACGUUAUGGUGGCGUAGUGCCGAAGUCGUACUAUGUGCGGGACUCUGUCAAAGUGAAGUAUGACCAGUGCAUCACUAUUAGCCGUGGCUCAUCAUACCAGCUAGAUUAUGAGGUGCUUUUUCCAAACUGCGUGUUACGAUGGCAGUUUGCAAGUGAAGGGUCCGAUAUCGGUUUUGGGGUUUUUCUGAAGACGAAAGGGAAUGAGACAAAAAAAGCAGAAGCCAUGCAGGCAGUGCUGCCCACCGAACGUUACAACUCCCACCUAGUCCCAGAAGAUGGAUCCUACACCUGCGAGGAGCCAGGCGUCUAUGUGGUCAGGUUUGACAACGCUUACAGUGUGUUGCAUUCAAAGAAGGUCAGCUUUACUGUGGACGUGCUUCUACCUGAAGGACAUACCGGAAAACAGGCAUGAAACGCGACUGGAAUCAGACUUUGCCAUACAUCCAUUAGCAUUAGAUAAGAUUACUCAUGUGCUUACAUCAUGGACUUUGAGCACGCUGUGUUUAAACUACUAGAUAAGUAUUGUUGUUGUUGCUUUUUGUUGAUAAUUCUUCUCUCUGUAAGCAAAUGACUGUAGAUAAUUAUGAAAAACAGUUCCUAAAGGAUGUUGAACCGUUUCCAGUAUUUGAAUUACCAUUGUGUACGACAAAUGGAAGCAGCCUAGACUGACAAGGACUGUAAAGUAUUAGUUAUUCGAUCAGUAGAUACUUUCCAUAAUGUAAAAUAACUGUGAAAAUAGACUAUUGAGAAUAUCUCUCAAUGAAUAUGACAUUGAAACAGCAAUUGUAACGCAACGCGUGUCAGAGCAUGUAACGGGUUAUUCCUUCAGCAAUAGCACGGUUUUAUUCAUUCUUGUAAUAUUUAGUCGUAUUACAAGCCACUUCUAUCAUUUUCAGAAUGAUUUAGAUGUGCACAAGAUUGCGCGCUACCCUGAGAAUAAAGUGCAUUUAGGAAAA